AUGAGGAUGUGUGACAGAGGUAUCCAGAUGUUGAUCACCACUGUAGGAGCCUUCGCAGCUUUUAGUUUAAUGACCAUUGCAGUGGGCACGGACUACUGGCUAUAUUCCAGAGGUGUGUGCAGGACUAAAUCUACAAGUGACAAUGAAACCAGCAGGAAGAAUGAAGAAGUAAUGACCCACUCUGGGUUGUGGAGGACCUGCUGCUUGGAAGGUGCUUUCCGAGGAGUGUGCAAGAAAAUUGAUCACUUCCCAGAAGAUGCAGACUAUGAACAGGACACAGCAGAAUAUCUUCUACGGGCUGUGAGGGCCUCCAGCGUCUUCCCCAUCCUCAGCGUCACACUGCUGUUCUUCGGGGGACUCUGCGUGGCUGCCAGUGAGUUCCACCGCAGCAGGCACAGUGUCAUCCUCAGUGCAGGCAUCUUCUUCGUCUCUGCAGGGCUAAGCAACAUCAUCGGCAUCAUAGUUUAUAUAUCAGCCAAUGCUGGAGACCCUGGGCAGAGGGACUCUAAAAAGAGCUACUCCUACGGCUGGUCCUUUUAUUUUGGAGCCUUCUCUUUCAUCAUCGCGGAGAUUGUGGGUGUGGUCGCUGUGCACAUCUAUAUUGAGAAGCAUCAGCAGUUGCGUGCCAGAUCCCAUUCGGAGCUCCUUAAGAAGUCGACAUUUGCCCGCCUACCACCCUACAGGUAUAGAUUCCGAAGACGGUCAAGUUCUCGCUCCACUGAGCCUAGAUCCCGAGACCUGUCUCCCAUCAGCAAAGGCUUCCACACCAUCCCUUCCACUGACAUCUCCAUGUUCACCCUCUCCCGGGACCCCUCUAAGCUUACCAUGGGGACCCUCCUCAACUCUGACCGGGACCAUGCUUUUCUACAGUUCCACAAUUCCACACCCAAAGAGUUCAAAGAGUCGCUGCAUAACAAUCCAGCCAACAGACGUACCACGCCUGUCUGA